AUGACGGGGUCAUCUAUGGGAUCGCCUACCGGUUCGUCAUCUAAUGGUGAACCUCUGUUACAACAUUCUGAUAGUCAAAAUGGAAGAUCGGAGCAGGGAAGAAGGAAAAUUGAAGAGAUUAAUGAUGCAUUUGGAAUAUUUAAAUAUUAUUUAAGUGCAAAUAAAAAUUUUGAGAUUUACAAAGAUAUUAAAAACAAGAAUGAAAAGUUGCCUAGCAAACAUAAAAUUAAUUAUAUGCCAGAAUGGGAUCAGGACAAGACUUCUGAAACUAUUAAAGGCAUGAUUACCGAAAGCAAAUAUGGUGAAGUUGACGAGAAAACUAGCUUGUUGAUUGAAUAUUUAAACAAAAUGAUAGCAACACCUCAAAUAAUGGAAGCUAGCGAUAUAAAAACUUCAAUAGGUGUUAUUGAAAAAAAUCGUGAUCACAUGACACAUUCAAUUUAUGAUGAGGCUUAUAUCAAAAGUGUAUUGCAUGAUAUUCAGAAAAAAACCAAUGGACCAUUAGGCAAAAUCAUUGAAAUUCUCAAGGACUAUCCUCCCGGUUAUUUCAAUCUGAGCGAAUCAUUUAUCACUACACGCAAUGACAUAACAAAAUUAACGUCAAGUUUAAAAGAAAGAGUUGAAAAAAUUGAAAAGUUAUUUAAAAAUAAUUUAGAAGGGUAUAUAAAAAAUAUUGUGGCUGAAUAUUUCAAUUUUACGCAAUGCGGGGUUGAGGAAGUAAAAAGGACUAUAUUGGGAAAUAGGGUGCCGGAGUGUGAUGGAGAUAAUCCGAAAGAUUGGGUUUUACCUACACCUGAUGAGUGGGAAGUAUAUUGUAAGAAAGAGAAUUGUGGAACUGAAAUUCUUGGUGAAAAGGAGUUGAGAACAAAUUUACUAAACAAAUUGAAUGGAUUUAAAAAUGUUAAUUUUGUCGAAGUAAUCAAGGAAGGAAAAGAUGAAAAAUGGUUUAUAAACACCUUUAAAUAUGAAAAUGAACCUUUAUUAAAAUUUUUAAAAUUUACAAAAGAAAAUCUUGAAUUAAAGUUAGAGGAAGAGAGAUCAAUAAAAGGGCAAGGUAUUAUAGAGGGGCAUAAAGUAGAGAGCGAAAUAAUGGAAAAAAUAGAGGGGCAUAAGGUAGCAAGCGAAAAAGGGAAAGGAAUAAAGGAUUGGUUGGUGGAACAGAUAGAGGAAAUGUUAAAAACUGAAAAUUGGAAGGAUACAGUGAAAAAGAUGCUGAAGAGAAAGAAGAGUUUAACUCGAAUGCUAACAUUUUUGGAAAUAUAUAAUGAAGUAGAGGAUAAAAUAGAGAAGAAAGAAGAGUUAGCAAGUGAGAAUAAAGCAGAAAUUGCGGAGAGAAGCAAGGGAAAUGAAGAGAUGGAGAAGAAAAUAGAUACGCAAGAUAAGGGGAGAAAUCAUAGGAAGAUACGUAAAGAGAGGAACAAGGAAGAGUAUGGGGAGGAGAAGAAAGCAGAAAUUGGUGAUCAGAAGAAAUCAGACAUAGGCAAGGAAAAGAAGAGAGAUGAGCAAAAGGUGCGGGAUCACAGGAAGAUUGGCGAAAAGGGGAACAAGGAAGAAUUUGGGGAUGAGAAGAAAGUGGAAGGAACUAAAGAAUAUAUAGACGAUGAGACGUUGGAAAAAAUAACAAAGCUUUUAAACAAAAAGGUGAAGAAAACGUAUGGGGAAAAACUACCAAUGGAAGAUCGUGAAAUAUUGAACGAUAUGUUAUAUAUUUGUAUAAUAUAUAGAAAUGAAAGAAAAGAUUUGAGAAAAUAUAUGAAAGAUAUAAUUGAUAAAAAAUUGUUAGAGGUGAAGAAAUUGCUUGAAAACCCGAUGAAGAAAAAUUUGGAAACUUUACUAAAUUUUGUUAAAUAUUAUAACAAAAUUGUAAACGAAUUUGCUAAGUUUAUUGAAACAGAAGUGAAAGUAAGUUCAUUGAUUUUUAAUAAUACGACGUUUUCAAUGACAUCUAUGGCAUGUGUUUUGUUAAGUGUCACGCCAGUAUGUAAAGUAAAUCCGAAACCCAAUCUCCAAAACCCGCCUUUUAUCGUUCUGAACCAUACAACCCUUGAUAGCCUCGGUGUCAAUUCCAACUACAUACAAUUCUCCGUUAUUUUAUCGAGUGUCAAGUGUUCAUGA